GUGCAGCCACACGCGCGCACACGGGGCAUUAACACAGUCCAUCGACGCGUGCAAAAAAAAAAAAAAAAACAACAACAACAACCCAGCGCACAAUCCUCGCUAACCAUGGCCCUCCGUAGGACCACUGUAACAAACCAAAUGGAUUACAGCCGGGAGCCCAAAGAAGGGAAGCCGUCGACGGACGAGCGCCUCGACAGCGGUGUGGACUCCCUGAAAGAGGAGGACUACCAGGCUGUGGCGGAGGACAUCUUUCAUCUGCAGCUCGACUGCGGGCUGGCGUCGCAGCGCAAACAACUCGCAGCUUCAGCUUGCGAGGUGCCGCCAUGGAACACGCAAGUCACCGAGGACGGAGACACGCUGCUCCACCUGGCUAUUAUCCACGAAGCGAAGGACUACAUCAGAAAAAUGAUCGAGCUAUCCAAGAACACAGACUUCCUCGAUGUCCAAAAUGACCAGCGACAGACUCCUCUCCAUUUAGCAGUCAUAACAAACCAGUCAGACGUGUGCCAGCGACUCCUGGCCGAUGGCUGCGAUCCCACAUUGGUGGAUGACAGCGGGGACAUGCCCAUCCAUAUCGUCUGUCGCCACGGCAACCUGCUGUGCUUCAGCGUCCUCACCCAGUUUUGUCGUCCUGAGCAUCUGCAAACAAUGAUGGCGGCGUGCAACUACCAAGGUCAGAACUGCCUCCACUUGGCCUCAGUUCACGGUUUCCUCUCGCUGGUGGAGAAUCUUGUGGAUCUGGGAGCUGAUGUUAACUCAAAGGAGCAGCGCAAUGGCCGCAGCGGGCUACACCUGGCCGUUGACCAGCAGAACCUGUCAUUGGUCAGAUUGUUGCUGAAAAAAGGAGCGGACCCCAAUCUCCUGACAUUUGGAGGCCACACCCCCUUCCACCUCACCUAUGGUCGCGGCAACGACGACAUAAAAAAGGAACUGUAUUCAUUGACCCAUCCCGACUUGAGGGAGCUCCCCGACAGCGAAUCGGACGACAGCGAGGACGAGGAGGACGGAGAGUCAGACGAGGAGGUGGGUUAUGAUGACAUCCAGUGGAACGGCCACUAGCGGCAAGAGAUGAAAUGUGACCCAGAGGAUGAAGUUAUGAGAAAAGGCCUCGGCGUGUUCGCCACUAGCCUCAUAGUGCGGCUGAAGCCGUACAGACAUGGUGGUGGUCUUGUGACACAAACCGAGACGCUAACAGGCAGCUGUAGGAGCUUAUCACACGGACUGGCAGCCGAUUGAAUCAGCAGCGCUGCAGGAGCGAACGGGAACGCACCUUGUGAGCAUGCGGCUUGCUUCUUAUUGCUGCCAAUCAUUCACAAAUUCAUCCAUCCACACAAGCGGCUCUCUUGUAUGAUAUUGUAAAUGCUGUGUAUACAAAGAUGUAUUUUCUAUGGAAGCUGUGACUCUGUACAGUAGAACAGGUUGUAAAUGUUUGACAGCGACACUCCAUUUAAAUUAAACACCCAUAUUUAACAAUGAAAACUUUGUUUGUUCGACAUCACAAUAGAACCCAAUCAAUGCGGUAAUAAUAGUGGAAAUGACAUUCCGUCAGUGGUUUUGUUGCUCUGAAUAACGACAGGUAAGUUUCGAUGCUUCAUUAUUACAUAAGAUAUUGUCUGGAAGGCUGACUGGGAAUGAGGAACUUGCCACACAUCGACAAGCAGCAUGGGGGAAUUUUGUGUGCAGAAUGAGGCUGCGUCAACCAGGAAGCUUUGGGGUGUGUGGGCCAACAGGAAAUUCCCAAGAACACUCAGCUGUUCAUCACAUUCUGUCCUCUCGUGUUCCAAAGAAGGGAAUCGCUGCCUAACAGGAUGUUUCAGUCAAGAUAAGGGAGGGGAGUUUCAGAGUUUCAAUUUAACAAAGUGUUGUACAGUACUUUCAAAUGGAGAUUUCACACUUCGUAGCAAUACAGUGUAUCUGCAUACUGUUCUGUAUAAUUAAAGGACCUCUGGGGUCUAAAUGGUCCACAUUUCACCAACAA